UAUUCAAUAGAACUAUUUGUUUAUGACCUAGGUCCUAGAGACUAGUAGAGAUCUAUUCUAUUAGAGAACUAGAGGCUAGAAUCUAGAUCUAGAAUCAAUCAAUUUAGAGUCUAGAUCUAGAAUCUAUAGAUAUCUAGAUCUAUAUGAAAGAUUCUAGAUCUGGAUUUUUAUAAGCCUUGUAACAUGGCUCUACGACACCGCCAUGUGAUAAAAACAUUGUCAAUGUCAUCGCGCUUGAAACUUCUUCAAAAUUCUGGUACCAAAAAGUUUGAAUCUAAACAGUUAUCUACUGCACAUCCUACAAACCUGAUUGGAGCUGUUUGCAUAGAGAGAUAUCCAGUUAUUACUGCCACCAAAACCAAAUUAGAGGAGCGCUUUUCUAAUUUAUUAUCACAAAUAGAAUUAGAAAAAAGUCACUAUUCGGAUCAUGAAGUGAGGUUGAUGCGUGAAAAAAAAAAUGUUAAGAGCAAAACAGAUGAGGAAGAAACCCAUGCUGAAGCUCAGACUGGCCUUGACCUUGAAGACAAAUGGGAUGCAGAAUUGAAAGCAUUUCAGCCUGCCUCAAGAGAAACUGAAGCAGAUCGGAAAAAGGACAGGCAGUCUCUUGAAAGGCAACUAGAUUCCUGCCUGUAUUUAGUCAUCAAACAAAACAUUAAUGGCAAAGAUCACUGGAUUUUGCCUCAAAUUUCUUGGCAAGAAGGUGAAAAUUUGCGACAGACAGCUGAAAGAGCUUUAGCUUCAAUUGGUGGAAAUAUUAAAGCAACAUUCUUAGGAAAUGCACCAUGCGGAGUUGCUAAAUUUGAGCCUGAUAAGAUAUUUUUCUUUAAAGCCUGGUACAGAGACGGACAAGUCAUACUCAACAAAGACUUCGCCAAAGAUUAUUUAUGGUUGACCAGAAAUGAAUUAUCACAAUAUUGUUUUCCUACAUAUAGUAAAAAUAUUAAAAAAUUUAUACCUCCUUUCUGAACAUUUGGUUCAAGAAAUGCUGUUUAAUGUAUAAUAUAUAUAUGGUACCUUCCUGACAAUAAUGACAAUGUUCUAGAUGGAUUUGUUACUGUGAACUUGUGCUAUACAUUUAUUACAUUUCAUUUAAACAUUUCAUUGUCAUGUAAACUUAAAUUUAAAUAAAUAAAAAAAUGAA